ACCGUCAGUAUGCGGUCGUGCAUUCCACGCGGGCACACCUGUUUGCUCUUUCUUCCUAUAGUAUUAUUUCAACGCGACUAUGUUCACGCAUUGACAUACGUGUUAGGGGUAUAACAUAUACAGAGAGACAUAGAGACUUCUCUUCGUUAGACAAGACGAGCAGAAAGAAAGGAAGAGACUGGAAAAGAGAGAGAAGGAUAGAUUUAGUCGAGAAAGAGGAACGUCCUCGUGACUUCAACCACGUGUCUUCUCUCAUCUUUCUCGUCAUAGACGCAGAGCGACGACACAAGACGUAUCCUGUUAUUUCGACGUUCUCUUGGUAAAUCUAAAAAGAAAGAAAAAAAAAAAAAGAAAAAAAAGAAAAAAAGAUAGAAGAAGAAAAAACGUGACGAUAUAUUAAGAGCAAAAUUAAGAACGAGUAUCGCCAUGUCACCGCGUAACGGAUCCUGCGUGGCAGAGAUAAGCUCGGUAAGGAGUCUUUCAUCGGAGGAUGUAUCGGCAAAGGCAAAUCGUAAGAAAUCCUGUUGGGCACGUGCCACGGAUCCUGCGAGUCGUCGUGGCCGAAGGAUUCAAUUGUUGCAAAUGUUGGUACUACCGUUCAUACCGAUCCUAGCUUUGAUCGUGCAAACUGCCAAUACGCUUCACGACAUAUUGAUUUAUCGGCAGGAAGUAUCGGACAUUGAAACACAGGUAACCAUAGCUACGGAUUUGGGCAAAGUGGUAACCAGGAUGCAACUCGAAAGAUCCGAAGUAGCAUUCUUUAUUUAUACCAAUGGCAGCACUUUAAGGUCCAAUCUGACACAAAGAUUCGCUAUAACCGAUCAUGCUCUGCAUAAUAUGACAACCUGGCCCUUGGUUUCCGUCCCAAGAGACGAAAGCAAGACGCAAACAUACGAUGUUGUUAGCAAGGAAGCCUUUCAAGCACGGCUCGAGGAUUUCAGACAGAAAAUAAGCUCGGAAGAAAGUAGUAUAACGGAGGUGAUGGCUUGGUACACAAGCGUAAAUGCCGCCAUGCUAGAUCAUUUGACCAAUCAGAUCAAGGAAACAGAUAACAGCGGUGUAUGGAGAUAUUUGAUAGCCUUCAAAAAUCUAUUACGAAGCAUCGAAAGUCUUGGCAUCGCUUCCGUUUAUGGAAUCAAUUAUUUUGGACGUGGAAUACUUUUAGGAGAAAACUAUGUUAGUUAUGUACGUCAUGAAGCUCUAGGACGAGAUCUGUUGAACGGAUCCCUCACAUAUGUGCCUUCUUUAAAACACUUUUAUAUCGACCUUACUCGAACAAUGUCCGACUAUGGCAGGAUCAAGUCUAGGCGAGAUGAAAUUCUUCGGAAUCGAAAGCGAGAGCCUAGCGUGGAAGACGCCAUUGCUUAUUUUGACUCAAUGGCGACCUACGUCGAUGAACUACGUAAACUUCAACGCGAAUUACGUCAUAUGAUACGAGAUUAUGUUAAUUCAACUUUGCAAGAUGCCAGUAAUAAGGAGGUUGCUGGUAUAGCCAUUGUUGUUUUGGUCCUAGUUGUUUCACCUAUUAUUAUAAUAUUAGUACGCAAUGCAGUGGCUACUAUUCAAAUGUAUGCUGCCAAUUUAGCGCAAAAAGCUCGUGAAUUGAAGAGAGAGAAGAGAAAGAGCGACACAUUGCUCUUUCAAAUGUUACCACCUAGCGUAGCUCAACAACUAAAACAAACUCAACAGGUGCCAGCUGAGUAUUACGAAGCAGUGACCGUUUACUUCAGCGAUAUCGUUGGGUUUACUGAAAUUGCCGCUGAAAAUACACCGCUCGAGGUUGUCACGUUUCUCAAUUCGAUAUACAAAUUGUUCGAUGCCCGUAUCGAAUGUUACGACGUUUACAAGGUCGAAACCAUUGGUGAUUCUUAUAUGGUUGCUUCCGGUUUACCAGUUAGAAAUGGUGAUAAGCAUGUGUCCGAGAUUGCAACGAUGGCUUUAGACCUAUUGGCUGCUUCCUCGGUCUUUCAAGUACCGAAACGUCCCGGUGAACGACUUCAAAUACGAAGUGGUGCACAUACAGGACCAGUUGUGGCAGGUAUCGUGGGCAGUAAAAUGCCACGGUAUUGUUUAUUUGGUGAUACGGUAAACACGGCGAGUCGUAUGGAAUCAACAGGCGAAGCUUUACGGAUUCACAUUAGUUUAGAAAUGAAAAAGGCCUUAGACGCUGUUGGAGGAUUCAAAAUCGAGCAUCGCGGUUUGGUAGACGUUAAAGGGAAAGGCCUAAUGGAUACAUAUUGGUUGGAGUGUAAGGAUGGUGGGAUUGCAAGAGCAGCCGAGCUGGACUUGCCGUCAUUCUUUGAAGAUGUACGACCAGUUUUCAUGCGCCGUUUACGAGAGGAAGGUACCCUCUGAUGCGAGCCCUACUCCCGGCGAGACCUGUGGUACAUAAAUCGUCCUGUACGACCCUGUAUACGCCUAUCUCAGCCAAAUCUUAUCGACCACUUGAAAAAACCUAGCCAAGGUCGUAAAAAUCGACUCUCUCA